AUGGCCACCUCGCAGGCGCUUUACGCGCGGAUCUCCGCGCCUCGUCUGGAUUUGAGGGUGCCGUCUGCGCUGAGCUCAAGGCCCGUGGCCAAGGUGUUUGCGGGCAGGCGGGUCCUCGCGUGCCGCGCCACACCGCCCAAGGACGGGGGCAGCGGCGGGCAGCAGCGGGAAAACGGCGAAGCCCCAGGCAACGGCGGCAACAGCAACGACGUCGAUUGGGAUGCGGCCUGGGCAAGAUAUCAGCAGGAGCGCCCCGCGGGCGGCGCCCGCUCGGCCUCAACGCGCACGGUCACGCCCGGCAGCAGCCCCAACACCACCACGUCAGGCCGCGCGACGCCGAGCAACCCCCAGGUCCAGGGCCGCAUCCGGCGCGAGGAGGGUUUCCUCCUGGGCCUCUGGACCCACCCCGGCUUCCAGGGCGGCAUGGUCGCCGUGGCGGUCAUCAUAUUCGUCGCCUUCAUCGCGGCCGCGGGGGCGCCCCCGAUGGACGACCGCUGCACGCUCCCCUGGUGCUGA